AUGUGUAAUUUUGACUUGGCUGAACUUCGUACCAACCGGUUAAUGCAAAUGAAUGCCCUUAAAGAACUUAGAAAUCAAGCAUACACAAAUUCCUUAAUAUACAAAGAGAAGACUAAAAAAUGGCAUGACAAGAGACUAAAGGGUAAUAAGGACUUUCAUGAAGGACAAAAAAUGCUACUCUUCAAUUCAAGGUUAAAGCUUUUUCCGGGCAAGCUGAAAACAAGGUGGGAUGGGCCUUUUGUGGUUAAACAAGCUUUCCCACAUGGAGCUAUCGAGCUUUUAUCGAAAGAUGGAACCCCUUUCAAGGUUAAUGGGCAACGGGUGAAGACAUAUGAAGAAGGAAUCCCAAAAGACGAAGGACUUGAAGAAGGGCUUGAUUUGGAGGAAAGCACUGCAACGAUUUGUCUUUUUCAAUCUUCUUCUUUGCAUAAAAUGAUUGCUUGA